AUGGCUGAAACUUCAACCAGAGAGGAGCAGAAUAUUAAGGGGGUCAAUGCCAUUAUGACUCGAAGUGGCAAAACUUUAGACGGAUCAACUUUGCCAAACAACAAAAGCACUACUCUUGGAGAUGCCUCUCCACUAGAGCCUGAGAAGAAGUUUUUGGUACAGCAAGUACCAGCUUAUGCAAAGGUAAUCAAGGAUUUGUGCACCAUGAAGAAAAAGCACAAUGUCAAGAAGACAGCAUUCUUGACCGAGCAGGUAAGCGCGGUGAUUGAGCAGAAAACUCCACCAAAAUACAAAGAUCCAGGAUGUCCCACAAUCACCUGCCACAUAGAGACAAACGAGUUUAGCCAAGCUCUACUAGAUCUGGGUGCAAGCGUCAAUUUAAUGCCUUACUUAGUGUACCUGCACCUGGGACUUGGAGAGAUUAAGCCCACUUCUGUGGUAUUGCAACUGGCUGAUCGUUCUGUGCGACGGCCAAGGGGGAUAGUGGAAGAUGUUUUGCUCCAAGUUGAUAAAUUCUAUUAUCCCGUUGACUUUUUGCUGUCAUUUGGGAACAUGACUCUUGAAGUUAAUGUUUUCAAUGUUGGAAAGCAACCACGAGACGAGGAUGAGUGCUAUCAAACCUACCUAAUAGACACACUUGUUCAGGAGGAAGUACACUUGCAUAAAGAUUUUGAAUCCUUAGAUUACCUCCUCCAUAACUCCAACUUUGAUCCAUUGCUAUUUCUUGUAAAUACUAUUAAUAUUUCUGCUGAUUUUGAUGAAAAACAGGAUAAGCAAUUGAAAUAUUGCAACUGCGCUUUGAAGAGUUGCCAAGAAUUUGAUCUUACAAUCAAGGAUAAGAAAGGUGUGGAAAAUGUCGUGGCUGAUUAUUUAUCUCGCCUAGAGUUUAAUGACUCUGCUGAAGGACCACCCAUUCGAGAUGACUUCCCUGAUGAACACCUAUUUGCCAUUAGCCAAAUGCCAUGGUAUUCUCACAUUGUCAACUACUUGGUUUCUGGUGAAAUUCCAUCCAACUGGAGUGCACAAGAUAAACAUAAGUUCUUGGUUGAGAGGCUUGUGGUGGUUAUUUCUCUAUGA